AAAUAAUGUUUUUUCAUGUUGUUUAUUAAAGGUACCGACUGGGCAGAAGAAAUUCCAAUACACGCCAUUCAGUACUGCGCAUCGGACUUUAAGUACCCUCGAGCGUUCACAUUUGUAGCCAGAGCCAGGCAAGGCUAUCUCUGUCAUAUCUUUUAUACAAAGGAUGCAGAAGUCGCUGAAGCGAUUACAGUGUCAUUUGCAAGGGCUUUUAAGCGUGCUUAUGAAGACUUCGAAGACAGAAGGUCGGUGCACCAUCAACAACAAAGAAGAGCCAGAGACAGCUCUUCCGACGACGAACGGAAUAGAGAUCGAAACAGAAGAUCUAGAAAAUCAAGAGAGUAUCGUGAGAGGUACGACUACGACACUCAACCGGCUCACAAUAUUUAUGGAUUCGACCCCACCAAUCAUCGGGAACCACGUCCAAUGCUAGCCGGUGGCCCACCACGAUCUACCCGCUAUAUCAUGUAUGACGACUACCCAGAAGAUGAUCGGGCCAGUACAAUCGACCCAAUAUUUAGUCGCCGGCAAGGUCCGUCAGGAGAGCGCCUUAAAAGAUACGAUUUCGUUGAAGAUGAAUUCCAGAUGCCGCGACAUAUGAAUGGAUUUUCGGACGACAUGAUCCCCAGACGAAGUACGCGCUCUUCUUCGCGAAGAAAGGAGCAUUACCCAUUAGACGACAUGGAGAUGCCGUCGAGGCGUUCCGUCUACGAGAAUCGACGAUCGCAUCGCUAUAAUGAUCCAUACGGUCGAGAUAUGAGUUAUUAGGCCUAUGGUUAUUAUACUUCGGAAUACCGGACGACGGGGGACUUUACCAUAGCAAUUUGCAUAUAUUGAAUAAUACAUUUUAAUGGUUUAAUGAAAUAAUCACAAUGUAGGUCUGAGUACAGUAGGCCUACGGUAAAGGUGUAAUGAACGAGAUAAUCAGGACUAUAAAAGCCUAAGCAUAACAACUCACACAUUUACGGACAUGUAAGGUAUAUAUACCUGUG